UAGGAUAAACUCAGUAUUGUCUACACAUAAAUAAAUAGAAGGCAGUAUGCACCUUCAGUUGAUCACUGUGAUCUUGCAGAGACAAAAUGGCCAGCAAGUCACAUGGAAUUCAGCACCUUCUGCAAGCAGAGAAGAAAGCGAAGGAGAAGCUUGAUGAAGCCAAAAAAAGAAAAGUGAAACGCCUGAAGCAAGCCAAAGAUGAAGCCUUUGUAGAAAUUGAAAAUUAUCGGCAGAUGAGAGAAAACAACUUUAAGCAGAAGCAGUCAACGAUAAUGGGAUCUCAUGGUAACCUUUCAGUCAAGGUGGAUGAACAAACUAAAACCAAAAUCCAGUCGCUCAACAGCAACUACAGUCAGUACAAGGAGGCACUUGUGCAGCAUAUCAUUGAUAUGUCGCGCAACCUUAAAACAGAACUUCACAAGAAUUAUCGAGGCUGAAGAAAUCCAGAGCAGCAUGCAUCAGUGCUCUGAA